CACUUUCUGCAUCUCGUCCCCCUCAUCUCACUGUAAGCGUAUCCAGCAGCUGGCCCUGUCUGUCUCGAGCUGAGCGCACAGAUCGCGGGGCCUGUCUGCAGCGCAAACACGCACACACACUCUGCUAUCUGCUGGGACUUCAUCUCACAGCUUUGAUAUGAGGCUGACCAAUGGAUUUUAAUGCUGAUUCGAAGCAGAACGUUCUGAGGUGAACAUGAAGGUCCUCAAAAACAUUCCACUGAUGGUUUUUCUGGCGUAUUUCAGCCUGAGCGAAGGGCUCCAGAGAGCACCCAGAAUCACAACAUUGCUUGAGACAGUCGACGCCUCUCUGGAUCACAAUGCUACUUUCAUCUGUGAGGUGGAUUCAUACCCUCAAGCUGAUAUUACAUGGACGCGGAAUAACUACCCAAUACGGUUUUACGAUUCCAGAUACGUUAUAAGAGAAAAUGGCCAAAUGCUGAUCAUUCCCAAUGUAAAGGAUUCAGACAGUGGAGAAUACUGUUGCAUUGCUAGCAAUGGGAUUGGAGAACCGGCCAAAAGCUGUGGAGCUUUACAGCUGAAGAUGAAGCCUCAAAUCAAAAGGCCUCCUACUAACAUGACACUGAUUGUGGAGUCCAAAGCAGUGCUGCCAUGUUUAACGUUAGGAUAUCCCAAACCCGAAAUAUCCUGGAUUAAAGAAGAUGACUUGAUAAAGGUUAAUAGUCGUAUAUCAGUGCUGGAAUCCGGUUCCCUAAAAAUUAACAACAUCAAGAAAGAGGACGCUGGACAGUAUCGCUGUGCGGCCAGAAACAGUUUUGGGAUCGUGUACUCCAAACCAGUCACUAUUGAAGUACAAGCUCCUGCCAAGAUACUGAAAGUUCCCAAGGAGAAGAAAGUUCAGAUCGGAUCGGAGGUUACGCUGGAGUGUAAUGCCACUGGCAACCCAAUCCCAUCCAUAACUUGGCUUGAAAAUGGCAAUACGAUUUCAGGUGCAUCAGUGGAGGAGACGCUGGUGGAUGAAGUCAUCGUGUCUGUUCUGCGUGUGGUGGUUCAUAAACCAGCUCUCUACACCUGUCAGGCUACUAACCAGCACAGCGGAGGAGCCAACACUGUCAAAGCCACAGCUAAAAUAACCGUCUCAGGUGAGCAUAUGCACUAGACUGUCUACUGUUUUUGUCCCCAAAAGUCCCCACAUUUUCAUAAAAAUGUCAUGGUUACUGAACAAUUUGAUGCUCAGCUAUAAAAAAAUGACUAAAGUGACACAAAAAGAGGGUUCCUGUAAAGAGCAUAUGCAGAUUUAAAGGGAUCAUCAGAUGCAAAAUUCACUUUUACGUGUUGUUUGAACAUAGAUGUGUGAUGGCAACACCCUAUAGUGAUAAAAAUCCACCCAGUGUGUUUUUUUUAAUCCCUAUAA